CGGGACUUCCGGCGGGGCACUUCCGCUUCCGGUUCCCAGCGUCGCUUUUAGCCGGAGCUAAACGUUCCAGCCGGGAGGUUGUGGCGUCGGCGGGUUCGAGGCGAUUUGAGCUCCAGCCAGGAUGAUCGAGGUGGUUUGCAACGACCGUCUGGGGAAGAAGGUCCGCGUGAAAUGCAACACGGAUGACACCAUCGGGGACCUUAAGAAGCUGAUUGCAGCCCAGACUGGCACCCGUUGGAACAAGAUCGUGCUGAAAAAGUGGUACACGAUUUUCAAGGAUCACGUGUCUCUGGGGGACUAUGAAAUCCAUGACGGGAUGAACCUGGAACUUUAUUACCAAUAGAGCAGAAACCCUUCUCCCUGCUCCACCCCUCCUCCUCACCCACCUUCAUCCCCCACGCUGGUGUAGAUGCUUGUUUAUAAAAACUCACAUUAAUAAAAACUCAGAUGCUGCUUCAA